AUGAAUUUCUCAAACGAAUCCUUUGUGACUAACGCAUCCACCCCGACGCCCUCACCGGAGUCCCUCCCUGCCGAGCCGGCCUUCAUCGUCACCGUAGCCGUUCUGGCCAUCGUCGGGAACAUUCUCGUCAUCGCAGUUACCACCAGACGACAGACGUUCCCCUCUUCAAGUCGACUUUUCAUCUCCUCUAUGGCCUUUUCGGACCUGUUGGACGGCUUAACCUUCCCGUUCAUGGUAGCUCCAGCCGCGGCCGGAGAGUGGAAUUACUCCGGCACAGUCCUCCGGACCACCGCGGUCAUCGGGGUUUCCUCCGCGCUGAUAACGUACUCUGCACUAGCAGGUCUGAACCUUGACCGAUACUAUGCCCUGAUGAACGGCGGAGAGGGAAUGCCUAGCAAGAAAGCCUGCAUCUUCCUGAUCUCAGACUGGGUUGGGAUAUUCGCUUUUAAUAUUUUUUCUGUAGUCUAUGGGUUGCCUGCUGCAGCACAUAAUUACAUUAACGUACAGAACCCUAACCCUCAGCAGCCGCCAGUAGCCCCAAACCACUUUAAUGAUAACUCUUACGCUAAGGUUGUGUUGAUCUUAACUCUAGUACAAACAACCUUGCCCCUUCCGACCUUGGGUGUUUUAAUCGCCAGUUGGCUGGGGCAUGUUCUGCCAACCGCCCUGUUUUGGUCCAGCUGGAUAGCGUUGUCUAACACAUUUCUGGACCUUGUCGUGUACAAUGUGUGCCAACAAUCCUUCCGUAAAGUCGUAGUUGAGAUGGCGAGAUGUACAUCUUUGGUAGCUGACGUUGAGGUCGUUAGACGUGAGUUCACGGCAUACAUGAGGGAAAAUAGGAAGGUGCUCAUCGAGCGUACUAAGGAGCACGGCGGUUGUGACACCGAAACCAUGCGAAGGGAGGCAAGAGACAGGGCGAGGGCCAUAAAGGAGGCGUUUUGCACAAAGGUAGAUGAAGAGUACCGCAUGUUUGACGAAGCUUGUGCCUCACUGAGCCGAGCGUCAAGCUUGUCAAGUAUUGCUGACUCGGUGAGCGUGUCGGGGUCUGGAACCUUUAUUUAA